AUGUCUUUGUGUCAUCGUCCUGGCAUGUCGUCAAGUUCCUCUGAUCCCCCUGACUCAGAUGCAAUAUCCUCUCCAGAGCCCGUGAAACUUGGAAAACGCAAGAAUAAGCGGUCAGAGUCACCAGAACCAUCAAGGCCUGGCAAAUGCAAGCAUAAGCAUUCCUCUGGUGACACCAGCACCAACAACCUCAUCAGUUCCAUAUCAUCAGGUUCUCGCAAGAAGACUACAAGGAAGGCUUCGAGCCUUCUUGAUACAUUUGGAGUACCCGCUGCAGCUUUCAAGACUGGUCUUACAUUCGACCGAGGUGGUAAGUGCGACCUGAAACAACCUCAAGAUGUUGCCGAGCAUCAUCUACUAUUAUACAAUGCUAUAAUAGACUUCAUUCCUGGUUUCGACAGCGAGCUCGACAACAUCACCAGCAAAGAAUUGAAUGUGGUCAUAGCGAUGGUAGCGAAGGGUAUGAGUGAGGGCAGAUCUGCGGAUCUACACUCUGUGAAGCACAAGGGGCUCCAAUAUAUUCCCCUUAACAUGUAUAGCAAGGAGCAUGCACUUGAUCCUCCAAUUCCAGAAGUUGAGGAUAAGUCGAUCGCUAUGGCUACCAUGCAAGCUGGAGAGAUAACCAUGACAGCACACAACUGGCCGAUGUUCUUCUAUGAAGACAGCAUUUACGACGCUGCCAACAAGACAAAAGGUCUCUUUCGAAAUCAUACUGCCAUACGAUUUUACAAGCAUCUGUUCAUCGGGCCUUCAUCUGUCACCAAUGACUCAUCAAAUGUUCGCAACUCUGCCAAACCAUCUAAAAACCGUGCAUGGGGUUUGACGGCAGUCAACAAAUACAUUAUUGCAUAUGUGCAUAUCAUUGCAUACUUUAUGAUAAGCAGUACUCAGCACUGGAUGCGGUAUAUUGGCGAUAUGGACCUGGAGGAGCUCCUCUGGGCUAUCAUCAAAAUGCUAGAUGAUGACAGCGAUCCAUGGGUCAAAGAUACCCUCAUUCACCUCAAACCGACCAAGGACAACUUGCACUCUACCAAGCUCGCACGCAAGGAAAGUGAGGAUGAUCUCGCUCAAAUUCGUGCUCAGCGAGCUGCGUGCCAUUCUGCAUUAGAUAAAUCCAAUGUGCCGUCACAUGUGGUCAACCCUAACAGGCCUCGAGAGCCCUCAACCAGCAAACGAGCCCGCCCCAUAGAACACAACGAUGAUGGGGAUUUGCUACAUGCACCCAAACGACUUCGGAGAUCAGGCGAUGACCUUCCCUCACCACGCCACACCAAGUCCAAUGCUCAGCAUCAUGCCUCAGUUUAUGACAACGACGAAGAGGUUGCAGGACUGCAACAACCAACCCACCCUCGACUGCAUGGGCGACAGCACCCACUACCUCCCAAGUCCCAACUACGGCACCAUGUUGUUAUUUCAGAUGACGAUGAAAAUGACGAUGGCGACAAGGUGGAAGUGGUAGCGCAACCCAAAUAG